AUGGAGACCAAAGGAAAGUGUCAAUGUCCCAUGAAUGCUGUACAAAUCCUGACCGAGCUUCGUAAUGCCCACACCGUUGUGGAGCUUGGGACGAUUCUUGACUUGGUCCAUCGUGUCUAUAGCCAAGGACAGGCUAUCCUUCAGUGCAAGGAAUGCAGAAACACCGCCCAGUCAUCUUUUGUUACCAUCCCGGCGCUUGCGGAGCAGUGUCUAUGCCUCUUCGAGGCUAUCUGUCUGGCAUAUGGGAUUUCGCGUCAAAACACUCUGUUUGACCCCAGUGCGCUGGCAGUUGAACAACCUUUGCCGCAGUUCAUCUGUAUCCGCAGCAAAGUUCAGCUGGGCGAGACAGAGAUGGACGAAGAGGAUUCGGGGGUCCUUGUGCGGAUGCUUCUCAGUCGCAAUUUAAUGAGACUUGUGGAUCUUUUAAAAGCUCUCCGCGAAAUUCUGCAAUCCCUGUGUAAGGACAAUACACAGUCGCAUCGAACCGGCUCACUGCGGAGUUGUGAGUCCUCCGUGGAGACCACAAUCCGCCGGUUUGCCGUUUUCAUGGAACAAAUCGGCUUCAGUUCCCAGUAG